AUGCCUAAGACAAGCCAGCCAGGGAAGUACCACCUGAUUGUAGAUUUGUCUGUACCAGAAGGUAGCAGCGUGAACAAUGGCAUCUCUCCAGCCCUUUCCACACUGUCUUACACAUCGGUCGAUGAAGCAGUGGCAAUGAUAAUUGAGGCCGGUCAGAGUGCAUGGAUGGCAAAACUCGUCAUCCAGUCAGCAUACAGGAAAGUAGUACCUGUCCAUCCAGCAGACCAACCACUACUUGGUAUCCAUUGGAGGGGCAUAAUGAGCCCUACUUUUGGUUUACAGUCAGUGCCCCUGUUCUUCACAGCUGGGUCGAUGGCUUGUCAUGGGCAAUGGAGUGUUGCGGGGUUCGCAACCUAUUCCAUUACUUUGAUGCUUUUUUUUUUCUUUCUGAGCGGAGUCCAACCAGCACAAGCGGGCAUUGAGGACAGCAGUGGGCUCUGCCAGCACCUGGGCUUGCCGGCAGCUCCUCUAAAAGUGGUGGGCCCCUGCAAAACCUUCACGUUCCUUGGAACUGAAAUUGAUUCAGACCAGUGGGAGCUACAUCUUCCUGAGAAAAAACACAUCUGCGUGAUGAGUACACUCCAGGAAUAG